CACGCAGCUACGAAACCUUCCUCAAGAAAAAAACCGAUUCUCUACAAAGAUCGUCGUUUGAUUACUUUCAACUACUUGAUCAAUCCAUACUGAGACGAUGCCGAAGAACAAAGGAAAGGGAGGAAAGAACAGGAAGAGAGGAAAGAACGAAGCUGAUGACGAGAAGCGUGAGCUUAUUUUUAAAGAAGAUGGGCAAGAGUAUGCACAAGUUCUUCGUAUGCUCGGUAAUGGCCGUUGUGACGUUAUGUGCAUUGAUGGUGUUAAACGUCUUUGCCAUAUCCGUGGUAAGAUGCAUAAGAAGGUUUGGAUUGCUGCUGGUGACAUCAUACUUGUUGGUCUGAGGGAUUACCAGGAUGACAAAGCUGAUGUUAUCCUCAAGUAUAUGUCUGAUGAGGCUAGACUUCUCAAGGCGUAUGGCGAGCUUCCCGAGAAUACUCGUCUUAAUGAAGGUAUUGUUGGUGAUCUUGAUGAAGAUGAAGAGAAUGCGGGUGAUGAUUACAUUGAGUUUGAGGACGAGGAUAUUGAUAGGAUCUAAGUUUGUUUGGUUGGCCUAGUUCCAGCUUGUAUUAUCAAAUUUGAGACACAUAUCUUCUUAGAAACAGAAGAUUUGAUGUUUACAUUACUCUUAAAAUACUCUGCAAUUGUUAUGUAUUUCUGGGGUUUCCAGUUUCUUAUCCCUUACUACUGGUUGAUUCUCCAAAUAAUUUACAGAAUGUUGU